AUGGAAGAUAGUCUUUACCGAGCAGCGUUAAGUGGGAAUGUAGCCGCCUUGGAUGCGCUGCUUCAAGAAGAUGAGCUUAUUCUUGACAGGGCUUCACUAACUUGCUUCCAUGAGACUCCAUUACACAUUGCAACCAUGCGUGGUCACCUCCAUUUUGCUGCAUCACUCCUAAACCGACGACCUAAGCUGUCCAUGGAAUUCGACGCUCUUCACCGUCUGCCUAUUCACCUGGCUGCCAUCGAGGGCCAUGCAGAACUCGUCGCACAGUUACUGUAUUGUGAUCCCGAGUCAAUAGAACAAAGGUUGUACCGUGGAGAAACAACUUUACACUUGUGUGUGAGAUACAAUCAGUUGGAGGCUCCGAAAUAUUUGGUCAAAGGAUCAAAUAACGAAGAAUUUGUUAACAUCCAGGAUGAUGAUGGUAACACCAUCCUGCAUCUUGCCACAUUUCUCAAGCAAAUGGAGACCCUAAGAUGUUUGCUUUCAGUACCUAUAAUAAAAGCAGGAGUAAAUGCGUUGAACAGAAUGGGGUUCACUGCAUUGGACUUGUUAGUGUAUGGUCCCAGAGAUUUCAAAAGCCUUGAAAUUAGAGACAUUCUGAUGAAAGCAGUAACCUGCAGAGUAGAAGACCCAAAUAUAAACACGACUGUUCGAAUCCAAUCACCAUUACUUUCAAUUGUCAGUGGGAAUAGUGAAACAAAACCAGUGAAACCAUCAUGGUUUACUCAGUUAUGUCGAACAUGCAAUAAGUUCUUGAAACACCAAGGUGAUUGGGUAGCGGAGAUGCAGGGUUCGCUGAUGCUGGUGGCGACUUUAACCGCAACCAUUUCUUUCCAAGUUGCUUUCAGUCCACCAGGUGGUGUUUGGGGUUCCACAAAGACGAAGCACAAGGAACCCGAUUGUAGUGUGGGCCUAAAUGGAGUUUGA